AUGCCGCCGAAAUCCGCAAGCAAGAAAGAAAGGCCGCAAUGGUGGAACUGCGAAAAGUGCCAAACAUAUUUACAAACCAACGAGUUGGCCAAACAUCAAACGGAAAACUGCGCAAAUGUGAACCGGUUGGGUGGAUAUGUUGAUGCGACCGGAACGUACCACUGUCGGAGGAUUGAGAUAAGCGAUUUUGGCGCGUACGAAGAAGUAAAACUAUGCUCGGAAAACGAAAGAUACGGCCUAGUACUAGUACCCGAUAGUGUGGUAAGAAAGAUGGGUUUAAUGAUGGGAGACUAUGUAACGAUAACGUUAGCUAAAAGUGUGAACAGGACCCCGGUGGGAACUAUCGUUCGAACGUUAUGGCCGUGUGAGGAUCGACAUGGAGCGAAGGUGUGUCUUGAAGGAUUGGAUGAAUUCGAAGGUGUAUUGGCAAGCGAACUAGUGGCUAGUGUAGCCCCUGUCAGCACCCGGCUUGAGGAUGCAGAAGAAAUAUUUCUACGACUGGAAGAUCCUUCGCAAGCUAAACUUCUAGAGAAGAAUGGGAAGUUUCUGCUUACCACCCUGAAACACAAACUGCUAGGAUGUGUUAUUUUGAGCAAUAAUCCCCUGACGCUAACCGUUUGCAACAAACGAUUUCGAUUCCGUAUCGAUCACGCUGUUACGCAUGGAACCGAUUUAGUUGAUCAGCUCAACAAAAUGAGUUUGAGUGAUCGUAUGUUUAUCAUUAUACACACCACAAAAUUCACGCUACUGGAUGACUCUAAAGCAGCACAGCAUGGCCAUCAGCAACGAAUGUACAACCUGCUCAACAUUGGCGGUCUAGACACGACCAUAACCGAACUGAAAGAUCUUCUGAACGUAGCGUAUGGAAUCGGCAGUACACAACCGUGCAGCAGUGCUGGAAGUAAUGGCCCCGUUAGUCGCGGAAUAUUGCUUUCCGGUGUUUCGGGUGUGGGAAAAACGAUGCUAGUGAAUGCACUGGCCACACACUACCAAUGUCACGUGGUAAGGCUAAACUGCUCGGAAGUAUUUAGCAAAUUUUACGGAGAAUCGGAAGCAAACGUGUCACGCCAGUUUGCGGAAGUGUUUGAAGUUCACCCGAAACCGGCAUUGGUUAUUGUGGAAGAACUGCACAAUCUCUGCCCCAAGAGCACGAGCACCGAUAUUGUGAAGCGUAUUUCACAGCACUUUCUCAGUCUGCUCGACAGUUUGCACGGUGAUGUGCGUGGCAACCGUACAGUCGUGAUAGGGACAACGGAUGAUGUGGACAAUGUCAAUCCACUGUUGCGUCGUGGUGGACGGAUGGAUUAUGAGUUCGAGCUACCAGUACCGGAUGCGAUCGCACGGGAAGCUAUUCUUCAGCGAAUACUUAACCGGUACGAACAGACAUUACCCGACGAGGAUGUACGUGCAGUGGCACGUAUUACGCACGGUUACGUUGGAGCCGAUCUGGAAAAUUUAGUUGCGAAAUCGGCAUCCUCCUCCAAGCCGAUCGAUGGUGGUUCGCUGAUGGCCGCCCUGCAGCACGUUAAGGCAAGUGCCAUGCGUGAAAUCAUGAUCGAAUGUCCAAAUGUUCGAUGGGCCGACAUUGGUGGACAGGACGAGCUGAUGCUGACACUGCGCCAAAUCAUCGACUGGCCCAUACACCAUCCGGAAGUGUUCGAACGGCUCGGCAUAAAGCCACCGCGCGGUUUGCUCAUGUUCGGUCCGCCCGGAUGCUCCAAAACGAUGAUCGCGAAAGCGAUCGCCACCGAGAGCCGGUUAAACUUCCUCUCGAUCAAGGGUUCGGAACUGUUUUCCAUGUGGGUCGGAGAAUCGGAACGUGCAGUACGGGAUUUAUUCCGGCGCGCGAGACAAGUGGCACCGUCGAUCAUAUUUUUUGACGAAAUCGAUGCGAUCGGAGGUGAACGGUCGGCGGAAUCGGGCAGUUCGGUGAAGGAACGCGUGCUGGCCCAGCUGCUUACCGAAAUGGACGGCGUGAGUGUGCUGAAAGAUGUACGGAUCGUGGCCGCCACCAAUCGACCGGAUCUAAUCGAUCGUGCACUUAUGCGCCCGGGUCGUUUGGAUCGGAUCGUGUACGUUCGGCUACCGGACGAUGCUGCCAGGGAGGAAAUAUUCCGCAUCAAGCUUAAAAGCAUACCAACCGCAGCGAACGUGGACAUUGCGCAGUUGGUACGACGAACGGCCGGUUGUUCCGGUUCGGAAAUCGAAGCCAUAUGUCAGGAGGCGGCACUGAAGGGGUUGGAAAGUUCGUUCGAUGUGCAACAAAUCGAGUGGAUACACUUUGAGCACGCGCUCGAAUUGGUGCGGCCACGCACAAGCCCGGACCUGUUGCGCCUGUACGAUGAAUAUUUGAAGCAACAUCAAUAA